AUGGGUGCCCAGCAAUCAUCCGGCCGCGAUGCAAGUCCCCAAAAUGGAGCAGCUCCUAAAACCUGCUACUACGAUGUGCUUGGGGUCGACCGCCAUGCCACUGAUGAUGAAAUCAAAAAGGCAUACCGGAGGAAGGCCUUAGAACUGCAUCCAGACCGGAACUAUGGAGAUGUCGACAAUGCUACCGUCAAAUUUGCCGAGGUGUCGUCCGCCUGGGAAGUGCUCUCAGAUCCCCAGGAACGGGCCUGGUACGACUCACAUCGCGAGUCCAUACUGCGUGGCGACGGGGGAGGGGAAGCCGAUCAUUUCGAACAUAACGUGCGGCUUACUAGUGCUGGGGACAUCGUCAGUCUCAUCGGGAAAUUCAGUACGAGCAUUCCUUUCACAGACGCACCCAACGGGUUCUAUGGAAUACUUCGGGAUACCUUUGCAAGACUCGCCUCUGAAGAAGACUCCGCUUGUGAUUGGGCUGGGCUCGAGGUAGUGGAUUAUCCAGAUUUCGGUUAUGCUGGUGACAACUACGAGGAUGCAGUCAAGCCUUUUUACCGGGUAUGGGUCAAUUUUACAACCAAAAAAUCAUUUUCGUGGCGAGAUGCCUAUAGAGCUUCAGAUGCGCCUGACAGAGCGACUCGGAGGCUCAUCGAUAAGGAGAACAAGAGGUUGCGAGAAGAAGGCAUACGGGAAUUCAACGACACUGUCCGGUCUCUUGUUGUCUUUGUAAGGAAGCGGGAUCCAAGGUACAUCCCAAAUUCGCAAACAGAAGCAGACAGACAGAAGAUACUUCGGGACGCUGCUGCCGCACAGGCUGCACGAUCCAGAGCUGCGAACCAGGCUAAACUUGGUGACCAUGUAAUUCCAGACUGGGCAAAGUCACACGAACCCGGCGAAGCAGAGGAGUUUACGGAAUCCGAGGAGUCGGAGGUCGAGCAUAUCGAGUGUGUUGUUUGCAAUAAGACCUUUAAAAGCGAGAAGCAGUAUGAGGCUCACGAGAAGAGCAAGAAGCACAUCAAGGCUGUGCAGCAGCUCCAGUGGGAGAUGAAGAAGGAGAAUAAGCUUCUGAAUCUUGAUACCCCAGCUAGCAACAGUUCCCCGAAUACUCCAGUCAGCGAGUUGGACAAUUUGCACUUGAAUACAAGUGAUAUUGAAGUGGAAGACACUACAGCUCCAGAUCUUGAAAGAAAUGAAAAAAUUCCAAGUAUACCCGGUCCAAAGGGUUGUCUGUCAGAUAAUCAGGUUUCUGUAAAGCCUGCAGUAGGGACCACGCCAGACUCUCUCUCCGACUCUUCUGAGCUAGAUGAUGAAUAUGCACCAAGAGAAGAUGUCGAGAGUCGUAUCGACAGCUCUUUGGCUGGAAAUGACACGACUGGAGCAAGUAUCUUUGAAUCAACAGUUGACAUACCAACUGUUAGCGAUUUCGAUGGCCCUGAGCAACCAAAACUUGGAAAAGCCAAAGCAAAGCGUGCAAAGAAGGCAGCUAAGCAGCAAGAGACCGAGACUAUAGAAGGCUUGGAGUAUAAGAGCGCUAAUAUCCUGAAGUUCAAGUGUGCAGCUUGUGGUGACUCUUUUGUGUCUAAAACCAAGCUCUUCAAUCAUAUUAAGGAGCUCAAUCACGCUCAACUAGUGUCAAAAGCAAAAGGAAAGAAUAAGAAACGAUGA